AUGCCGCUAUUAUGCAGAAGGCUUCGUCGUCCGCGACAUGCGCAAAUCGGUGACUAUCCGCAAUCUGCUGUUGAUACCAUGACGGACAAGCCAGCAGACGAGCUUCAAGCUCUUGGCUCCGACAAUUCCCCAGAAGCUCGGCAGACGGGGCAGCAGCAGCAAAAAGGACUGACAGACGACCGCAGAUUGGAUCUAGAGAAUGUCGUGCGGACCGCAGACGGUUCCUACAACAGCCUCUAUAAUCCAUCUCUCGGCAAGGCGGGAUCACCAUACUCAAGGUCCGUCCAGCCAACAGCAUGGCAACCAUCAGCCUUGCCCGCGCCCCAGCUCAUAUUUGACACUCUACUGUCGCGCGAGAAUGGUGGUUUCAAGCCUCACCCGAACGGCAUAUCUAGUGUUUUCUUUUACCUAGCCACUAUCAUCAUACACGACAUCUUCAGAACAUCGCGCGACGACCCCGGCGUCUCCCUCACAUCGUCUUACCUUGACCUCGCCCCGCUGUAUGGUGCCAAUCAAGACGAACAGAACACUAUAAGGACAUUCAAGAAUGGCAAGCUGAAGCCUGACUCCUUUUGUGAGAAGCGCACCCAUGGCUUUCCACCCGGGGUCAACUGUCUCCUAGUUUUCUUCAAUCGCUAUCACAAUUGGGUUGUGGAAAGACUGGCAAUGAUCAAUGAACGCAACAGGUUUUCGCAGCCUAGCAGAACCCAAGAUUCGGACAUGAGGAAACGAGCCCUUGAGAACCUUGACAACGACUUGUUCCAAACAGGAAGAUUGAUUGUAUGCGGCCUGUACGUCAACAUUAUUCUCCACGACUAUCUCCGUGUCAUUCUUGGCCUCAACCAGACGGCUUCGACCUGGAGUUUAGACCCUCGAAUGGAUACAGACACGGAAAAGAUCCCUCGGGGGGGCGGCAAUCAAUGCAGCUUCGAGUUCAACCUGCUCUAUAGGUGGCAUUCGGCAAUCAGCCAGAGAGACGAGAAGUGGAUGGAUGCGCAUCUUGAGUCAUUGCUUCGAGGCCCUGAAGAUAGAAUGGGGGCUCCAGACCCCCAUAUCUUUGCAACCUUUGAGCAGUCUGUUCCCAGUGAGCCCGAACGGCGUACUUUUGGUGGCUUGACAAGAGGACCGGAUGGACGUUACUCUGACAGCGAUCUUGCUCGCAUUUGGGUCGAGAGCAUCGAGGAUGCUGCCGGCGCAUUCGGCCCAAAUAAUAUCCCCCGAGCACUUCGUAUGAUUGAAGUUAUUGGCAUAAACCACGCUCGCGCCUUGCGUGUAGCUACUCUCAAUGAUUUUCGCAAGUAUUUUGGCUUGCUUCCUUAUGCAUGCUUUGAGCACAUUACCUCAGACCCCGCAGUAGCACAGCGCCUCCAGGCUCUUUACGGGCAACCGGACAUGGUUGAACUCUAUCCCGGUCUUCUCAGCGAAGAUGCCAAGCCAUUGAUGAUACCCGGUAGCGGGUUGUGCGCCCCCUACACGCUGAGUCGAGCCAUACUCUCCGAUGCAAACAUGAACAGAUACCAUGAGGCUGCAUCUGAUGUACUGGUCGAUGACGGUUGUGUGUUCUACAAGCUGGUAUUGCGAGCGUUGCCAACUGCCUUUUCCCCUAGCAGUAUAUACGCUCACCUACCGUUGGUCAUGCCGACGACUAACCGCAUGAUCGUGGAGCGCCUACAGCGAGAGUCUCGGUACUCCUUCGAUCGUUCGAGGACUUUGAGUCCCCAGAUUCACGUCUCUAAUCCUCUUGCCGUCAAGGAGAUUCUCCGGAGUGACGCCUUUGGAGGCGAUAGCUGGAGACAUCAGCUGACGUACUUGAUGGGGAAGCCUAAUCACCAAAUGGGCCCGUAUGGCGAUGCGAUAGAUUUCGAGCAAAGGCGAGCUCGCCUGGAGAAGACUAUCUUCUGUCCCAGCCUGGAGAAAGAAUUCAGAAAUUUGUUCAGUCAAUCAUCAAGAUGCAUCUACCUAGAGGCAGAGGAAAUCGGAGGGCUUCCCCAGACACUGCAAAUCGACCUGGUUGCCUGUUUUGCCGAUGCCAUACCGAUCAACUUCGUCGGCCAUUUGCUGCCAUUGCCUCUGAAGUCACAUGAAGACGUUGACGGAGCGCACACCCCCCGGAAUCUUCACUCCACACUCGUGUCGAUAUUUGCCGUCUUGUUCUUGCGACUGGACCCGGUCCUGUUAUACAACAUCCGUAUCGGAGCCCAGCCUAUUGCCGCUUCGGUUGGUGACAGCCUCGAAACUGAAAUAAGUAAUGUCCCGGCUUUGAUGCUGCUACAUGAUAACGAGGAUCACCAGUCAGAAAGUCAGGGCCCUGAAAAGAAAUUGAAGAAGCUUGGCUAUGAGUUCAUUCGCAAGUUGCUCGUUGCAGGCGUCAGCGUUUGUCAAGUUGCCUGGGUCGAUAUCAUCCCUGCGCUGGCUGCAUUCGUCGUCAACCAAUCUCGCAUGCUAUGCCAGGUUGUUGAUUACUAUCUGGGACCAGGGAUUGAAUACUGGCCUCUUCUACAGAAGCUAGCAGCUUCAGAUGACCAUGAACAUGAUGACAUGCUGCUGCAUUAUGCGCUGGAGGCCAUCCGGCUGAACGGUAACUAUAGCGUCUUCAAGACGGUGAAUCGAGACAGUGAUGUCCAAGGCCACUCCCAACCGUUAAAAGUCGGGGAUAAGCUCGUGAUCAGAUAUUCUGAUCUCGCAUUCAAUGCCGAAGUGUAUCCCCGACCGAACGAUAUAUUGGUCACCCGACCCCUUGACAGCUACCACUUUGUCGGCUACGGCCCCAACCAGGCUCUCGCCAGUCCUCUCAGUCGGUUCGUACUCGUCAGCAUGUUUCGCGCCGUGGCACGUCUCAAAAAUGUACGAAAGGCACCUGGCCCACAGGGCGAGAUCAAGACCGUUGAUGACGGAGAUGCGGCAGGGUUGGAUCGAUACAUGGACGUCUUCUGGAGAGAGUUUUCGCCGUCUCCCGUGAAUAUGAAGUUGCAUUUCGACGCCUGA